CCUGUUCCACUUUCCGAGUGGAGGCGCCGACACGACCCGAGCUAGCGCCGACACGACCCGAGCGGAGCUUCCGUAGCACGCGACAACAUGGAGAGGUUCUGGCCCUUCAAGCGUCACCGAGACACGCCGUGCUGCUCGUACACGGCCAUACAGUUCACCCUGUUCUUCUCCAACUUCGUCUUCUGGACUGGCGGGAUGGUGUCCUACGUGGUGGUGUGGGCGCUGAAGGUCCAUGAGAAGAUGAAGAUGGUGACCAGCAUCAACCUGGACUGGCUCUACCUGCCGCUCUACGUCACUAACAUCGUCAUCGGCGUCAUCAUGUACUUCGGCUGCUGCGCCGCGUUUCUGGAACAGCGGAAAUCUCUUCUUGUGUACGCCAUGUGUCUCGUAGUUCUGAUACUUGCGGAGGUUUCAUCAAGCACGUGGGCUUUGAUCUACACAAAAACGGAGUUCCAACAUUUCGCCGACAAGUCCUUCAACACAACGAUACAAACGCACGGAACGUUGGAGCAGUGGUCGGUCAAGAGUUACCUGGAGGAGUUUCAGACAGAGUACCAGUGCUGUGGUUUACUGGGCCAGACAGACUGGAGGGAGCCGUACAAACAUCUCAGCUGUAAGUGUGGCGACGACGUCAGACAGACAGACGUCAGACAGACGUGCAGUCAGCCCUGUGGACCUUACAUCAAGGAGUAUCUCACAAACACCUUCGUCCUACUCGGCAUCGCAGGACUGGUGUUUGGUCACCUGCAGUUAUUUGGCAUCUUCUUGGCGUGUUGGCUGUACCGGCACCCGACCACGCGGGUGAGAACCAAACGCAGACGGCAGUCUCGUGCCGGCUCCUCCGGUAACACCAGCUCCGGACUCUACAACAACAGCACUGUCGGCGGCUUCGACGACGAGUCUACCGUGCUGCCUGUCUCCAACGGCAAGGAAAGGCCGACGAAAAAGAAUCAGCACCUUGGGAACCUGCCGAACAGACUACAGCACAUCGUCUAAAGGACAACAUGCAAGAGAGAAAUACACACAUUGCAGUGUAGCAUGAAAGUUCAUCUGUG